CUGAGGAUGACUCGACAAUUAUCAGCAGGAACACUGGAUAUGGAUUCAUCUAGUAGAACAAGAGAUACAACUACUAGAAGAAGUACAUCGGGUGGCCCUGGUGCUGGUGCUGGUGCAGUAUUAAGAGACUCAUCGCCGCCCAGUCAACCACGACCCACAUCAAAUAGUAGAGACACAACAAAGAACACAACUAUUCUUGACGGCGGUAAGGGUAAGACUUCUUCAUCUAAGGGUAAAAAUAUAAAUCUUGGUGAAUCUCCAACUCCACCAGUGACAUCAACAGCAAAUAAGAGUGGUCAUCAUGGAGAUACUAGAUACAUCAUCUCAGGGCAGUACGAUCUUACCGGUGAUCAACAAGUGUCACGUGACGGAGGAUCGAUUCGACCAACUCCUAUGAAGGAGGACGCCCGCGUCGAUCGCAGAACCGAUCGAGAUCUCGUUACCUCCGUGAGGGACAUUCUGAAUGCGCCACUUGUGCCGCGGCAAACAGCCCAAGCAGCGUCUGCCAACGCGCAAAUGAAUGAUCGUCGAGAUGAACAGGAACAGUCACCGCGGUCUUGGAAAGGCCCACUCGGGAAGAAGAAAGGCGGAAAACCGAUGAACUACACACGCGAUACGCGCGAUAUACGAAGCGUCAAAGGCGAAACUGUCGUAUAUGGCGACGAUCACAUGCAGCCAGAACCUGGCAAUAAUACACAAGAACGUGAGUGGUCGAACAGAGCAGGCGUGGUCAUGAAGGGCAAGGGCAAGGCACCACAGUCACUGGAAUCACGCGAGACGCGCGAUAUCAGAAGUUUGCAACAGAGAUCAACUUUUGAACCAGAAAGGCCUGUUAAUGUUAUGCCCAUAACAUCUUCAAAUAAGGGAAAGGGGAAAAAGAAUUAA